GCAUGUUUCCGGAAGCACACACGUGUUGGUCUUUCACUUCAGUCCUAAACAAUGCAGAGAAAAUAACGUUGUAACAAAAAAACACAGGUUUUGUGACACUUUGAUACAAUCUCUGCCUUGCGGAGUUAUUUCGGGAUGGUCUGGACAAGCAGAGUUUGUUUCCGGAAGUAUGGCAACUUUGUGGAUAAUAUUCGGCUUUAUGUGAGGGGUGGGAGUGGAGGAAUGGGUCUGCCCCGUUUAGGGGGACUUGGGGGAAAUGGUGGAGACGUUUGGGUGGUGGCCAAAAAAGACAUUACACUGAAGCAAAUCAAGGACAAGCACCCUAACAAACGAUUCACUGCAGGUGUUGGUUCAAACAGCAGUAUUCAUGCUCUGAGAGGGGCUAAAGGAGAGGACAGUCAGGUCUGUGCACCUGUUGGGAUCAGUGUUACAACGGACAAUGGGAGAAUCUUAGGAGAGUUAAACUGUGAAGGAGACAAACUUUUGGUGGCCAAAGGGGGUCACGGCGGCUCUCUUCACUCUGGGUUCUUACCCAGUAAAGGUCAAACCAGACAGAUACGGCUUGACCUUAAACUCAUUGCAGAUCUAGGACUUGUAGGGUUUCCCAAUGCAGGCAAAUCCUCUUUGCUGACUGCCCUGUCGCAUGCUAAACCAAGGAUUGCCAGCUACCCCUUUACAACUUUAAGACCUGAAAUUGGAAAAGUUAUGUAUGAUGAUCACAAGCAGGUUUCAGUAGCAGACUUACCAGGACUCAUUGAAGGUGCUCACGUAAAUAAAGGGAUGGGACACAAGUUUCUCAAGCAUGUGGAGAGAACCAAGCAGCUCUUGUUUGUGGUCGACAUCUGUGGGUUUCAGCUAGCUAGUAACACCCCUUUUAGGUCUGCAUUUGAAACUGUGAUGCUUUUAAACAAGGAACUGGAGUUGUAUAAAGAGGAACUUUUAGGAAAGCCAGCGAUCCUGGUCAUAAAUAAGAUGGACCUCCCAGAGGCGCAGGGCCUUCUCCGAGAACUGGAAGCUCACUUAGAGAACCAAGAAGAAUCAAGCCAUCGCUUUGCUGAGGAUGUCAUCCCUAAAAGCCUAAUGUGUUUCACGCAUGUCGUCCCAGUCUCUGCCACAAAUGGCCUUGGUCUGCACUUGCUCAAGUCUCUCAUCCGGCAAUCACUUGAGGAACAGAACGUCACAGAAACUGAGGGUCAGCGCAGUGAGAGGCUACUUAAGUUGGGAAGGGAGAUUCCCACUUCAUCUAUACCUAGCCGGGGGUUUCCUCAGCCGACCUGAGAUGCCACAUACAGGUUCGGUUAUGUAAAUGAUCCUCAGGGAUACUGUUUAACAUUUGCGGAUAUGUGAAAUAUGUAAUUAUAUGAAGUUAAAGAGCAUUCAACAGAACACAAACAGCACAUUUCACUUAAAUCGGUCUAUAUUGUACAGAGUAGGAUCUGUGCCUUAUAUGUGUUUAAAUGUUGCAUACUGACGCCAAAAUGCUGACCUUUGUGUCUGGGUAAGCUUUCAUGUAAUGCAUUCCUUUGAAGUUGGUUUUACUUUACUUUACUUUACUUUAUUGGUUUAUAGUAAUGUGGACAACCUCUUUUAAUCAAAAGAGCAGCUUUAGCCUCUACGGCUAAUUUCCAGCUGUAGUCCCCAGCCAGUUAUUAAUUGGCAUACAUCAAUAAAUACAUUGCAAUUAAUACAAGGCUUAAGCAAGAGCUUAGACAAACAAACAAGGUGGUACAAAAUUGAAACAGACAAGCAGGCACAAAUUACAAAGACAUAAAAGCAGGUCAAGCAAUAAACUAGAGAAAAUUGACACCAAAGAUAAUCAUGCAAAGGCCACAUUGAAGCACAUAUAAGACAUAGCAUUGAGACAGUCAGCAGAGAUCAAGUGGCAGAAGCAUGAUCAUGUCACAUCUAGUGCGCACAUCACAUCUAGCAUAUUAAUGUGUGCAGGUGUAAUUGUCGGUUAGCCAAUUUUUAAGGUGUGCAGUAAAAGUCGAAUACAUAUGUAUGUUUUUAAUUGUAAUGGGCAAUGAGUUCCAGUUAUGUAUUGCAGUAAAAGAAAAUGAUAAUUGACCAAAUGCACUUUUUCUUAGUGGGAUUACUAGGUCGCCACGUGUGGUGCUUCUGGUAUUAUGACUGCUGUUAUUACGUUGGAUUAUGAAUUAAUUGAAAGGAGGCGGAGCGGUAUUAUGUAAAAUUUUGUGAACCAGACAAAUAUUUUUGUAUUUGAUUACAUUUUCCCAGCUCAGCAGUUUAUAGUUUUUAAGGAUUAUACAAUGGUGUAAACUGUUAGGCUUCUGGUCCAAGAUUUUAAGAGUUUUUUUAUAAAUAGUUGCUAGUGGCUUAAGUGAUGAGCUGUUAGUUUGUCCCCAGCUUGUCAGACAAUAUGUUAGAUGUGACAUAAUCAUUGCAUCCAUAAAUAAUUUAGCAGCAUUAAAAGUAAGGGCACUUCUAAUAUAUCUAAAAUUAGCUAAACUAAACUUGACCCUAUUGCAGACUUUCUUAAUAUGUGUUUUAAAAGAGAGAUUAGAAUCAAUAAUAACGCCCAGAUAUUUAAAUUGUGGCACAAUAGUAAUGUUUUGACCCGAAAUUGAUAUGAUUGACACACUAUUACAUUGUCUUUUUGUAAAAAACAUUCCCACAGUUUUAUCUACAUUUAAUUGAAGACAUGAGCGAUUUAGCCAAUUGGUGAUCUGGUCCAUGGCUUUGGUCAAUUUUGUGGCAGCCAGAUUUUUUGUCUUGGCAUGCACAUAAAUUACAGUAUCAUCCGCGUACAUUAUUGUAUUGAUGUCAGGGCAAACUGAUGGCAAAUCAUUAAUAUAUAGACUAAACAAAAGCGGGCCAAGUAUUUUUUAGCUGCUCUCCCAGUCUGAUCAUGCUGGUCUGGUUUGCUGGUUUUAAAGGCAUUUUGGUAACUUGUCAGUUUGUCUACCAGCUAUUCCAUCUGAACAGGCUGGGAGCCAAGAUUAAAUACUGGUCAAUGCAAAAAAAUAUAUACAUUUUUAUACAUUUUACCCAACAAAGUAAGAUGGCUACAAAUGCUCUCUGUGAAAAUUAUUAUAUUCUAUACUUAAUUCUAUAAAAAGUGGCCACCUGGA